GAUCCUUAAGUAGUGCAAACUGUUGUGAAUGUAAUAGAACAAAAAUCAGGAACAAAUACAUAAAAUAGAUUAAAGUUCUAAACAAGAUGCCUAGUUGUAACCCGUUCUCAUUUGUGAAAGGAAAAUAUAACCUAAAACAUAUCAAAGUCCAAGAAAGCAAAGUGCCUGAAGGAAGAAUAACAGUAUUCCAACUUCAAGGCCCUGUAGUCCAACAAAAUGGUAACACCUCUGCACCACCAGUGAUGCGAAAUCAGGAAGGCAAUAGACUAUACAAUCGUCAAUUCAGUCGACAAAAGGAAGAACAUAUUAAACAUGUGGAAGAACUCAGAGCUGAAAAACAAACUCGAAGAGCCACUGCAUACAUUCCUGAUAUAGAGAUUGAUAAAAAUAAUUCGGACGAUGAAGACAAUAAGCAACCAGAAAUCGUUUUCAAGAAAGUCAGCAGGGAAUCUGUAGCCAAAAUCCAAUACCCUGAUAUGCAUGGUUGUUCAUUUUUAGAAGCAAAAUUGACUGAUGUUCCACCAAAUAGAAGCAGCAAUGAAAGAGUGUCAUUUGAAGCACGUGAUCCUAAAGAUUUUAUUCAGGACACGAAGAGAAAUUCGUUUUUGAACAUUGCCAAAGAAGAAGAAGAUUUGCACAGAAUGUCCCAAGAAAGCGUUGAGUAUGAUUAUAGAAAAAAACAAGAUUCGCUUACAUUACCAAAAACAAGUAUGGAAUCACAAAGUGAGGUAUCAGAUAAAGAUGUAAGGAUGAAAACUAGCAUCACAAACUCAUCACAAAAGUCGUCUUUGAUAGGGUCUACGAAAUCUGUAUCUGUAGACAUGAGUACUUCGCCAUCUAGUAGCAUUUCUAAAAAGGACAUGACAGUAUCAGAUUUUGUUCAAGGAGAAGACGAUGACGACAGUGACAACAGUUCUAUAAGACCGAAUCGUAAAGCUGGAGUUUUAUCUGCACCAGUUGACGAUGAAGAAAAUCUGGACAAUAUUUCUUUGGAUUAUGUUGAAAAAGAUUACAAAACUCGUCAAUUAAUUGAAAUGGCAAUAUUAAACAAUGAUUUUUUGAAGAAUAUAAUGUACGAUGAUAGAUUGGAACGUGUAAUAAGUGCAAUGACAUCACAGCAAUAUGAUGCUAAUAGCUAUGUUAUAAAUGAAGGAGAAGUUGGAUCGAAUUUAUAUGUAUCGGCUACUGGAAAUUUCGAAGUAAUAAAAGAUGGCAAAGUUGUUAAAACUUUUGGUCCUGGAGUUGCUUUUGGAGAGCUUGCAAUUCUGUACAAAGCAAGAAGAUUUGCUUCAAUAAGAGUAACGACACCAGCAACAGUAUGGACCCUCGAAAGAACUAUGUAUAGCAAAAUUAUGAUUGGAACCAGAAGGCAAGAACAAGAGGAGAAUGUUAGAUUUUUAUAUUCGUUCCAUUAUUUCAAGAUCGAAAAACUGUACAUUUUUUCUCUCGAGCAGGAAUUUUAUCAAACUGGUACUGCCAUAGUUCGUCAAGGAGAACCUGGUGACAAAUUUUAUAUUAUUCGUGGUGGAAGCGUCGAAGUCACUCGCCGGGAGUCCGAUUUAGAGGCUGAUGCCCCUGCUGGUAUUCUUAACAGGGGCGAUUACUUUGGAGAACAGGCUUUGAUUCAUGAAAGCGUAAGACUGGCAACUGUUACUGCAUUACCACCUGGUACAGAAUGCUUAACUCUCGAUAGAACCGCAUUUAUCGAGUUAUUAGGCAAUAUCAAAGAUUUGAAAGAAAAAACUUAUCCCGGUGCUGGAGCAGCUGCAGUCGUUACUGCGAACAAAAUUAUUAAUAAAGAUUAUGCACAUAUUCGCCUCAAUGAACUGGAAAUAAUUGGUACUUUGGGCGUUGGCGGAUUUGGUCGCGUGGAACUGGUCAGUCAUCCAUCCUCACCAGAUAAGACAUUUGCUCUAAAAUGUCUCCAGAAAGUUGAUAUUGUUCAGCAGCAACAACAACAGCACGUUUAUAAUGAGAAGCAUGUUAUGGCUAGUUGUGACAGCCCAUUUAUAUGCAGAUUAUACAACACAUAUAAAGAUACCAAAUACUUGUAUUUCCUAAUGGAAGCAUGUCUGGGAGGUGAUGUCUGGACGGCGUUGCAUAAAGCAAAAUGUUUUGAUGAGAAAACUUCUAGAUUUAUAACCGCUUGUGUUAUUGAAGCUUUCGAAUAUUUACACGACAAAAAUAUGAUCUUCCGUGAUUUAAAACCUGAAAAUCUCAUGCUAGAUACUAAAGGAUACAUCAAACUGGUCGACUUUGGAUUUGCCAAACGUGUGGAUCCGGGCAAAAAAGCUUGGACAUUUGCCGGUACUCCAGAGUAUGUGGCGCCCGAGGUUAUUCAGAAUAGAGGUCAUGAUAGAGCCGUUGAUUAUUGGGCUGUUGGUAUUUUAAUUCAUGAGCUGCUGGUAGGAAAGCCACCUUUCCGUGGUUCUGACAACAUGAAAACGUACCAUCAAAUAUUGAAAGGAAUCGAUCAUGUUCAAAUGCCUGGAAAAGUUAGCAGAAAAGCCCAAGAGUUGAUUAGAAAACUCUGUAGACCUGCACCUGCGGAGAGACUAGGAUAUCAAAAAAAUGGAUUGCAGGAUGUUAAAAAACCAUUUGUGAUUUCAUUCGACUGGGUGAGUCUCAAAUCUCAAGAAAUGCCUGCGCCACUGGUCCGCACAGUAGAAAAUUCAACAGAUAUGAGAAACUUUGACAAAUUCCCGAAGAACAGAGAAUUUCCACCUGAUGAAUUAUCAGGUUUCGAUAUAAACUUUUAAAAA